GAGAGACGGUUCGCGGCGAGCUGUCGACGGGGCCGCGCUGGCUGGCGAGCGGCUGGCCGGGUCGUGGCCGCAGACGCCGGCGUGACGGGGCGGAGCCGAGUGUCUGGGGCGGAGGUGAGGAGCCGCCUGAAGAACGGAGCAUCCGGAGCGGUCUGGUGAGAAGGGUGGCGUCUGCGGUCGCCUUAAUCAUUGGCAGACUUCGAACCACAACCGAGAAAUGCAAUGGUCGGCAACAAGUAAUCCAGGAUGUGACGUGCCAACGCACAGAGCCCUAACCCUCGACCAGUGAGCAUCCUGCUCUACCAGGGCUGCAUCGGCCGCGGGGUGACCGGUCACCCCUGAACAGGCAGACCUGCAAUCCCACCAACAUGACCUCCGAAGGCAAGUGGCGCCGGCCGGGCGAGUUCUCCGAGCCGAGCCUCAUCCCGGUGCCGCCCGGGGCCAGGCCACAAGAGGCGCACCAGCCGCAAGCACGACCUCCGCCCCGUGUGCUCGGCCAGUCGGACCGGCCGGUGGUGUCCAACAUGUGCGAGCUGAUACUCACCGUGCUCGCCUGGCUCAUGGUCAUCGCGUUCUUCCCGCUCUCCAUGUUUGCGUGCGUGCGCGUGGUGCAGGAGUACGAGCGAGCCAUCAUCUUCCGGCUGGGGCGGCUAGUGCCUGACGGCGCGCAGGGCCCGGGCCUUUUCCUCAUCCUGCCCUGUCUCGACAAGUUCACCUGCGUCGACCUCCGCGUCGUCUCGUUCGACGUGGCGCCGCAGGAGAUCCUCACCAAGGACCUGGUCACCAUCUCCGUCGACGCUGUCGUCUACUUCCGCAUCUUCGAGCCGACCGUGUCAGUGACGAACGUGGAGAACAGCGGCUACUCGACGCGUCUGCUGGCGGCGACCACCCUGCGCACCGUCCUUGGCCAGUACUCACUCGCCGACAUCCUCUCGCAGCGCGAAAGCAUUGCGCACCAGAUGCAGGAGGUGCUCGACGAGGCCACCGAUGCCUGGGGCGUCAAGGUGGAGCGGGUCGAGGUCAAGGACGUGCGCCUGCCGCAGGAGCUGCAGCGCGCCAUGGCCGCGGAGGCCGAGGCCAGUCGCGAGGCCAAGGCCAAGGUGAUCGCGGCGGAGGGCGAGAUGAAGGCGUCCCGCGCGCUGAAGGACGCGGCAGACAUCAUGUGCGCGAGUCCAUCGGCGCUGCAGCUCCGCUACCUUCAGACGCUCAACACCAUCUCGGCCGAGAAGAACAGCACCAUCAUCUUCCCCGUGCCGAUCGACCUCCUGGGCAGCCUGAUGAACGGCAAGGCCGGCACCGGCGCGUCGUUGGGUCCGGGUCCGUGUCCGGGUCCGGGUCCGGGCUCGGUGCCCCGCCCCCCGCCCGUCUCUAGCUCGUCCACGCAACUCCCGAUCAUCCCGGUGCGGCCUGCCUCCGUCCCGUCAGUCCAGGUCUCGCCGGGCCUGGUCCCGUCGGGCCUGGUCCCGUCGGGCCUGGUCCAGCCGGGCCGAGUCCAGCCGUGUCAGGUCCAGCCGGGUCAGGUCCAGCCGGGUCAGGUCCAGCCGGGUCAGGUCCAGCCGGGUCAAGUCCCACCAUUCACGACAGUGUAGGGGAGAUCGUUAUCCGGAGACGCAGUGUCCACGCGUCAGUGAUCCGAGCGUGCCGUGAACGACGGGCACUGUUCGCGGACAAGGCGCACUUGUAUAGGAGACGGAUCUCUCGUGGCUGCAGGUCGUUCAGCGUCGGCGCACGACCAGCUAAACCAACCAUCCGACACGCGAACAGACAGCCGUGCUUAAUUCAACAGCAAGAGCCACCAAUAUUGAAGCAGGCAGCUGCCAUCAAACUGGAUGCUGAGACAGCAGCGUCUCAUCGUGUAAAACACUACCCGAACUUGAUGAACUGCCAGGCAUAUCUGCACCCAUCUAAUUUUAACGACAGGAUCACCGAACCUGCCAAGAAAAGCGCCGCCUUCCGCCGGGCGACGGUACAGCACACCAAUUUUAAAUCACAGCUGGGGCCCGUCGUGACCCGCCAGCAGCUCGGCAGGCCCCCAGGGCACGCCAGCUCGUCCAGAUUGCCAGACAGCUGAGCAGCAGCGGCACAUCCAAGCUCAACAAUAAAAAACAGAAGCUGAAUUGCUCCGAUGGGCAUUCUGCGCGCGCUUCGUUUCUAGCACUUGGCUACGAAAGACGACUGAUGGAUCAAAUAACGAGACGUGAUAGGUUUCGUAUCGAAACAAAACGCAUGUGCUGCUAUCCGUUCAAUCUGCGCUGUGACGUGUUAAGCCCAUGCUGGAUAGCGGUUCUUACUUUUUCCACGCGGAAUUUGUGGUGCAAAAAAGUAUACUCCUGGCGAUGAAAAAAUCCUCACAAAUUUGACGUGCGCAAUGGGCUUGCCGACUGCGCUGUAAUGUAUUUAUCGCAUUCGUUAUCGGAGUCCUCGCGAAUGUAAAAAACUUCCCACUAAUCUCGUUUCGCCUACAUGACAAAUCUUAUCAUCCUUUUAGCUUGCCUGUCAAGACGGCAAAUCCGAUCAAUUGGCGCAGUGCUUCUUUUUUGACUGGUCUCAUAGAUGUCCACGACCGCUUAUCCGUGUGUUUCCCUAUCGUUGCUAUUCUCAAUACACGUGUGA